AUGGAUCCUUUUUCCCUUAACUCUCCCGGUUUUGUUAACCUCCUCACUUCCCAGAGUAGUCAGCCAAUAGAUUUAGGGUGUUCAGAGGUUCCUAAACCUGCUGAAAGGCGAAAGUGGACAACGAAAGAAGAUGUGGUGCUGAUCAGUGCCUGGCUCAACACCAGCAAGGAUCCAAUCGUGAGUAAUGAGCAGAAGGCAGCUAAGUUUUGGAAGCGAAUAGAGGAGUAUGUCAAUGCUAGCCCUCUGCUCAUUGGCUCCAUCCCUAGGGAGUGGAGUCAAUGUAAGCAGAGGUGGGGAAGGGUGAAUGAGCAGGUGUGCAAGUUUGUGGGAAGCCAUGAAGCCGCUUUGAAGGAGCAAGCGAGUGGCCAAAAUGAGAAUGAUGUCAUGAAGGCUGCCCAUGACAUCUUAUUUAAUGACUAUCAUGUCAAGUUCAGUCUUGAACAUUGUUGGAGGGAGCUUAGGUUUGAUCAAAAAUGGAGAUCACACUCAUUGUCGAAAGAUGGUGCAAAAGAGAAAAGGAAGGAACCUGCAGAGGAGGUGCCUGCCGAGGAAGAUGUUAGGCCUCCUGGUGUUAAGGCUAGCAAAGCAGCCAAACGCAAGAAGCACGCGAAUGAAGCAGCUUUUGAUCAGAUAGAGAGCAUAUUAGCUGUCAAAAAUAACAUAUCCAAACAGAAAAUCCUUGAUCGUUUGCUAGCAAAAAUUGAAGAUACACUUUCUGAUCAAGAAGUGUCACGGGUUGCAGGAGGUGGAUGCGUGUGGACGUCGAUGCUUGUUCUUUAUCUCGAUUUUUUUAGGUAUCAGGUCACAGGUUGCAGGAGGUGGAUGCUUGUAGUAGUAGGUAAUGUCAGUUUGAUUCACGGGAGAGUGUAG